AGCGGCGUUUCAGUUCCAGUUCAAACUUGGCAUUUGCUGACGACGCUGACUGUCCGACUGUUUUCAUCCAAAGUCUCUAGACCUGUGACGCAAUCAUGUGGCCUCCGAACCACGCCCACCUGGCCCUCGGCCUCCUCCUUUGCCUGCUGAUGGGCCUGCAGAUGGUAACGGUAUCGGGGAUCGAGUGCUACGUCUGCGACACGAGCGACACGGAGCAUCCGUUCCAGUGCGGCGAGUGGUUCGAGCGGUACGACGAGCCGGACAUCCAGCCCCAAAACUGUUCCAGCGUCCAUGGCGCCCAGUUCUGCGUGAAGCACGUGGGCCGCUUCGAGGGCGGAAUCGGGGCGAAGAGGUUCUGCAGCUCGAAGGACAUGGGCAACUACUGUGACUACGUGAGGAACAAGGGCGAUCGCAUGGACUAUCGCAGCUGCAUUUACACUUGCGAUACGGACGGUUGCAAUGCCGCUGGAAGGCUGGAACUGGAAUGGGGCGUGGCAGCGGCUCUGCUCACUCUCACCUGGCUCUUGCGGAGAUAGAGCGCGGGCGGGCGAGAGCGAGAGGGAGGGAGGGAGAUCACUUUUUUUUUAUUAAUUGUAGGUUGUAACAAAGUAACUGACACACACACUCUGUAGUGUAGAGAAAAACAAAAACACAAAAACACAAAACCAAAAAUAUAUAAACAAAAAAAAAAAGAAAAUA